AUGCGGGCUGAAGACGGAACCUCCUACUUUGUCCGGGAGAAAAAUGGUAAAUGGAGGCUGAAGACCCCGAGUGAAUACAGGGACCUGGAUGGAAAAAUGCCUAAAUUGGACCAGAACUUUCUUGAAGCUGCCACAGGGCUCGAUGACGCCGUUCUCAAUUCCUUUGAAAUUCAGUCAGGAAUGGAAUAUGAAGACAGGAGGGCGUUUCUGGAUUUGCUGAGGAAAAUGCUUGAGUUUGAUCCAGAGAAAAGGAUCACGCCGACUGAAGCACUGGAGCACCCUUUUAUCACCCUGAGCCACUUUAGAGACAGGACCCACAGGUACCACCAGAACAAAGCCGGGGGGCAGACUCAAGGGCCCCAGAGCAAGUCGUCCAGUGCUCAGGUCAUCUCGCUCCACAAGCCCAGUGGCCCCACUGGAAGAACGAGCCAAUUGGCACCUGCCGCUCAGGCUUCCUCCCCCAGCCGCUCCUCUGAGGCAGACUGCCCCACCCACAACCUGAUGCCCCGCCCACCUCAGGACCGCUCUGAGCCUCGCCAGCUCAACAGCCUCAGGAAUAGGGACUCGGCGCUGCCGCUGACCAGACGUCUCUCUGGAGACAGUGACUCGUCCACUGCUUCGUCUAAAGGAGGAGGAGGCCUGUACUCACGGCGCUCCGGAGAGGAGGUUAUCCUCAUGGUCAACCGCAAGGAGGGCAAGCACGUUAUCGAAAGACCCGGAGCAACCAACCCGACCAGGACCCAAAGACCCUCACCCCCGCGCCCGCAGCCAGUCGCGGCCAACCGGAACUAUUAUCCUGAGUCAACUCUCUGUAAGAGAAUGCGAGAACACGACCUGUCUGUCAGAGGGACCUAUUCAGACAUCCCAGAUGAUGAGCUCGAUAUUGAAGUCCGUUCAGUGAAGUCCAGAAUGCCAGACGCGGGCUACAGAACUGUGAAGGGGGCAUUACAGGCCAUGGGCCAGAGUUAA